AUGAUCGAGUUCUUCAAACGAUUGCGCCACCGUCCUCUCCGGUUAUGCUCUGACUCGUGUAUCGAUGGCUUCGGCGCCUCUUUAGAACAAGAACAGCUGGAUGGCUCCGUGCGCCCCAUCGUAUACAUCAGCCGUGCUACCCUCCCUGCGGAGCGCAACUGGACCGUUUUGGAUCUGGAGGCUGGUGGGAUUGUUUGGGCAAUCAAACGCCUUCGCGGCUAUCUGUGGUCGACCAAGUUCGUCAUCUACUCGGACCACAAAGCCUUAGAGAGCAUCGGCAAGGUGGGGGAACACAACGCACGGGUUCAACGAUGGCUCGAGUUUCUGUCCAACUUCACGUAUACGCUGAAGUAUCGGAAAGGUUCAGCGAAUGGUAACGCCGAUUUUCUUUCGCGGAUGCCUUUGCCGGCACAAGACACGGACAAGACUGGCCAGGAUUGCAUUGAUGGUGUGUACCACGCGGUGUGUUCCUCAUUCGAGCUUGCGGGCUUCACUACCACUCGUCCUCCACGCCGGACGUCGGUUUGGGUGGGCUCACCCCUCCUUGCUCUGCCGGAGUCUUCUCGCCCCCACCACUACAGCCUUCCGACUUUGGAGACUUUCGUCGACACGCCCCACGGAUGAUGGACGUCUCACCACCUUCGUCGUCUACUUGCACGGAUCAUCAGCGACCUUCGGGAGUCUGCGCAGUUUCCGGACUUGCCGGCUCUGCCCCGCGGCUGCCCUCUGUCGCAUCUCGUUUGGUGCCCUCUGUUGCAUCCUCAGCGAACAAAUAUGUGCACGUCUUGUCCUCGCUUCCGGAGCGUGGACCACNACAUCAGGGACCUUCGGGAGUCUUCGCAGUUUCCGGACUUGCCGGCUCUGCCCCGCGGCUGCCCUCUGUCGCAUCUCGUUUGGUGCCCUCUGUUGCAUCCUCAGCGAACAAAUAUGUGCACGUCUUGUCCUCGCUUCCGGAGCGUGGACCACUCAUCUCCUCACGGACUCGGGCCAAGACUACCACUGCUUCCGGUGGUACCGUCACCGACCCAGCUUACUUCGGACGUCAACCGCGGGCUACCAUCGUUCCUCGAACGCCGUCGCCUGUCCGUCGCUCUAACAGGUUUCGUACAAAAACCAAGACCACCCGGGUCACCGCGCAUUCGCCGCGUCCAUCCGCGACGCUCGCGUCGGCAUCUUCGUCGACUGUUUCCGCGCCACCGGCACCUUCGUCAUCAUCACCGUCUUCAGCGUGCUCUGUUUCGCCGGUUUCGCCUUCUUCACAGGUGUCACCCACGUUUUCGUCUCCCGCGGCGCCGUCGUCGCGCGUGGAGGCUGCGGCU